UAUAAGCAGCAUGCAAUGUGCAAUAGCACAAGAGGUGAAUGUUUCCGGUACUGCCCUCUUGUGCAGCAACAUGAAUGUGAAUGUUAGAACCCUGCAGUGGUGUGGGUAGUUCUGCAACACCCAUAUUAUGCUUGGGGCAUGUAAGGCAGAGGGAGCUACUUAUAGGAAAACAUACAAUGGAUGUGCUGCACAUGUGUAAUUACAAGUUUUGACUGCUGUAACUCCUUCAGCCAGUAAUGCAAGCUAUUUGCCUCAAGAACUGUAAAUGAUGUAGCAGUGAGAACUACACAGAAAACACCAAUUGCACACACAAUUUGUUUGCUCUUAAAAAAAAAAAAUACUCUGCCUUCCUAAUAAAAAUUCAAGGGGGCUUAGAAGAAAAGUUUUAAAACACAGUAUCAAAUCAAAAUGGUAGUUUUUAUGAAUACAAAAUACAUAAAUCCAGAUCCAAAGCAAUGAAUUAUCUACAUGCAUAUAAAUAGAUGCUUUAUAAGCUAUGGAUAUAAUCUUCAUAGAAAUGAAUGGGCUGGUCUUCAGAGUGAUUUUAUAAUAUAGGUGCAAGUCAAAAGAACUGUCAGUCAACAGGAAGAAGUCAAAAAUUCCACUGGAAAGGUCUAAGAUUCUGGGUGGUCUAACAUGGCUCUUUGGCUCAGUAAAAACCAUGUACUGUAUAUUCAAAGGCAGAAAUACACAUACACACACCAUUAAAUUGUUGCAAAGUGAUCAGAAAUUUAUUUGUUUAUUUUUACACUUAUAUCCCACUCUUCCUCUGAGGAGCUCAGGGCAGUGUACAAGGUUAUUAUGCACAUAGGAUUCCCAAGUUGAAAAUUAUGCAAUUUAUUAAUUUCAAAGGAUCUAAAAUGAAGGAUCCAUUGUGGCCUGCUGGCUUAAUGCCUAGCCUCUACCUAAAAAGGCAAUAAUAAAAAAGCAAGAAAACUGAAGUCCUAAACGCAGUAGAGAGUAAGUCCCACUGAAGCAGUAGCAAAUCCAUUUUUCCACAUUUGUGUCUUAUGCUCCCUCUAGUGUUUAUUUUUGGAUGCAAAAACAGAUAGGCCUGACAGAGAGAGAGAGAUCGAGAGAUCCUGGAGUCUUAAUCACAAAAUGUCCCAUUAAUAGGAUUAAGUACCUUGUCAUUAGAUAAGCGGUAGAUGGUAAAAUCUGUGACACUCAUGGAAAUUAGAACAGCACAGAACCUUGUUCUUUACUGAAGCUGGAGACAGGUUUGCAAGACGAAUCAUCAGCAUUUGUGCAAACAUGAAGUCUUUACUGCUCUUCAUAACAUACUUAUUAUUGCUGAGAGGACAUCAGUGUGCACCUACUACUAAGGAGGAAGACAUACAUGUUGUGGAAAACUUGAAAGUUUUAUCUGAAGUUGGGGAGAAAUAUGUAGAUGAAGAAGUAAAAAAAGCACUGGUUGGCAUUAAGCAGAUGAAAAUUAUGAUGGAAAGAAAUGAAGUUAAACACGUGGAUCUGAUGAAAACCCUAAAGAAGAGCAGUGAAGAAAAAGAGGAAGCUCUGAGACUCAUGAAUGAAGUGAAAGAGAGACUGGAAGAAGAAGAAGAAAUAUGCCAAGGGUCUCUGAAAUAUUUAUGGGAUGAAUGCAAAUCUUGCCUAGAAAGUAAUUGCAUGAGAUUUUAUACAACCUGUCGGCAUGGUCUGUCCACAUUUACGAGCAAGGUUGAAGAUUUUUUCAGAAAAAUUACUCCAUUAUCAUUUCCCAUUUAUGAUGCUCCAGGGCAAGAUCUCCAGCUCAAUCAAAAGCCUGAGAAAGAAGAUGCCCAGCUAGUGUAUAUGGAAAAUGUGUUUAACCAGCUGUUAUCUGACAUGGGAACCAUGUUUGAAAAAAGCUUUGUUUUUUUCAAACAGAUGCAAAAAGAAUUUGAUCAGUCUUUUCAAAUCUACUUUAUGUCUAAUCAAGACUUAACAGAGCCCUAUUUUUUGCCAGCUGUUCCUGAGGAUUCUAUGAAAACCACAGGUGCCCCAAAAGAUGCGGGGAUACCAGGCUUCCUUCAGCUAGUUUUUGAUUUCAGCAAAACUUUCCUGGAAGGUGUUGGUGAAAUGAUUACUGAGGCAUUUGAAGGAUACACAGAGAAUGUGAGAGAGAUUGCAGAACAAAUUAAAGAUUCUGACAAAAGUGGAAUGUUCUCUCAGAUCACACCAGGCCAUGAGAGAGCUCCAUGCAAAAAGCUGCGUCAAAAUUCAUCAGGAUGCCCCCAAUUUCAUGAGAGAUGCCAGAAAUGUCAGGAUAAUCUUAUGCAAGUGUGCCCCAAUGUCCCUGAACUACAUAUAAAGUUUGAUGAUGCCUUUAAGUUGGUUAACAUCUCUGGUGAGCAGUAUCAACAGAUUCUACAGGUGGCCCAGCGUCACACAGAAGACACAUCCUACUUGUUGAAUAAAAUGAAAGAAAGGUUUGGAUGGGUAUCUGAACUCUCCAACAUGACCAUUGGACCAGAUAACAUUUUCAAUAUAGUAAAGGUGUCAUCAAGUGCUAAGGGAAAUGAAGCUACCAAUCUGAAUGAAACUGUGGUAGAUGUAAAUAUUUUGACUUCACCUACUUUCACAAUUAAGGUUCCUCGAGAUCUAGACACUGAGAGUUCUGAAUUCAUUGAAUAUGUUGCUGGGAAAGCUUUACAGCUUUACAAGAAGAAUUUCUAGACAUGACAAGAAGACUUGAAAACCUACUUCACAGUCAUCAUAUUCUCCAUUAGCUAACUAUGCCAAAGUUCAACCUACAUGAUCAUGUUUAAGAAAUAUUGCAUUCAAGAUCGAUAAGAAUGUAACUCCAUGAGCUCUAUUUGUAUUCUGUUGAAAUUAGCAAGUCUAGAGAUACAGCUGAUUUAAAUAUUCUUAGCAUUUGGGUUGUGUGUCUGAAAGCUGGGAUAAGAAACGUAUGCAUAAAUAAUUUCAGUUGUAUUCUGCACUCUACUGUUAUGCAGAAUUAUCUUCAAACUCAGACACACGUCCUUGCAGAACUCAAUAAUGCAGUGCCAGUCAAUUCAGGGCAGUUUUAUAAGUGUGCUCAUAAUACAGAAUUUGUUUUAUUUUGCACUUCCACCUCAAGAUGGCACAAGACCAAAAUAUGAUAGAAUACUUCCACAUGACAAUUCUUGAAAUUCCUGAAAGAAUAGACUGUAGCCUUUUUCUGCAUGAUGGGCAUUACUAUGCAAAGGAAAACAUAGUAGGUAUCAUAUGUGCAAAGUCAUCUUCUGCCAAGUCCAAGUAUACAUAACACGAUCCAACCUAGAACAUGUGCUUUUUUGGUCAAUGUAUUUUAUAUUUAUUAUUUAUACUUUAUUCCCCAGAUAAACAAGCUCUUCAAACCUCUUAUAAACAUUAUUUGUAGUGUGAAUAAUUUUAUAUCUAGAAUAAAGGAUACA